AUGACGGACUACGAGCCAAGGCCCUCGACUGACCAAGAGCCUCUCACCGGUUUCACAAAGGUGCUCCUUGUAGAAGUCCUCAUUCUUCUCUUGAUAAGCUCUGUCUUCAUUGGUCUCUUUGCUGGAGCCCAACACAAGCUUAACUUGCGAGAUGGUGGAGGUGGAGGUGGCGAGGCUUGCUUCACUCCUGAAUGCGUCGUCUUGGCCGCGUCUAUACUUUCUUCUCUUGACACUGAACAGAAUCCUUGCGACAACUUCUACGACUAUGCCAAUGGUGGCUGGCUCAAGUCUCACCCCAUACCUGCCGACAAAUCUAAUGUCGGUAACUUCGAGAUUGUUGCCCAGGAAAAUAGGCAAAUCAUCCAAAGCAUACUGGAAAGCAACAUGGAAGUGGAUCCUUUGUCUAGCUCUUAUGAUGAUCAACUCCUGGACAAGCUCCGCACCUUAUACAAAUCGUGCAUGGAUGAACCAAAGCUGAACUAUAUUGGGCAAGAACCGUUGCAGCGUGUUGUAAAUACCGUCAAAAGGUUCUUCAAGGGCAAGAAGAGCGCAGCUGCUGCCACUGCCCCGAUUGCAGGUCCAAACCAAGGUCUUACAAACUCACUCGCUUUCUUGCAUUCGAGAGGUGUGAAUGCCUUGUUCGAGUUUUAUAUCGACGGCGAUAUCGGUGUUGACCCCAACUACAUGACUCUGUGGUUCAAUCAACCAAGCUUGGGUCUGCCUGCUAAGGAGUAUUACAAAGACCGAUCGGUAAUAGAAGUCUACCAAGACGUCGUCGAGCGGCUAUUAAUUUCACUCAACGGUGAAGGAGACGCUACCGAAAUUUUGUAUCCCGUUCAUGAAGAUGGCAUCGUAACUUCAUCCUCUCAAGCGGUGAUGCAAGUAGAAAAACUUGAAGACACAGAUCAUGUUUGGCCUCCCUGGCCCUGGCCACCGUGGGAGGGUGACGAUGAUGGGGAUGACGGUGACCACGAUAGGCCACUUCCUGAGGAUCCAUUGCACAGAGCUCACGAGCUCGCAAAGAAGGUGGUCGAAUUUGAGGCUGAGAUAGCUGCAGCAUCUCUUGAUCUUGACUUGCUCCAACAAGAUCCAUUUGGAACAUAUAACCCUGUCAACAUCAAUCACCUCAAGUCCGCGUUGCCGCAGAUAUAUUUCCCCGACUACUUUGCAACGUUUACCCCUCGUGCCUUCCCUGAGCGUGUUAUCAUUACUUACCUCCCGUACCCCGCGUCUCUUUCGCGUAUUUUGUCGAAGACCUCCUCUGAGGUUGUAGAAGCCUAUCUUAUCGUACGUGCAGCGCUGGAAUAUGGCCCACAUCUCGGCAUGUCGACCGAGGUUUGGCAAGCAACGCGAACACUCCAGGAGACAUUAGGUGGUAUUAAAAAGGGUGCUGUGGGCGAGCGCUCGGAAUUCUGUACCCAGAAAGUCGAAAGUGCCCUUGGAUUUGCUUCAGGCAGAUAUUUCGUCAACGAAACCUUUGGAGGAGACUCAAAGAAAAAGGCUUCUGAUGUCAUCACUAACAUCAUUGAAACAUUUGAAAGCUCUCUCAAGCACCUUCAGUGGAUGGACAAACAAUCUGCCAGAGCUGCUGCUGAAAAAGCUGAGGCCCUUCGCGUCAAAGUUGGCUAUCCUCUUUCCCCAAAUACUCUCGAUGCGAAAGCUAUCGUGGCGUAUUACUCUCUCGUCAAGGUACACGUAGACACAUUCUUUGACAACAUGAUGAGUGCUGCUUCGAGCGAUGGGUACAAAAUGUGGCAGAAAUUGGGUAAACGGAGAAACCUUGACGAGUGGGAGAUGUUUGCGUCUACUGUCAAUGCGUAUUACAAUCCUCCGGGUAACGAAAUCGUGUUCCCUGCUGGAAUACUGCGACCUCCUUAUUUCUCACAAGAAUGGCCUGGAUAUCUUUCCUAUGGUUCUUUCGGGAUGGUAGCAGCACAUGAAUUAACUCACGCAUUCGAUUCGUCCGGUCGCUUGUAUAACCAGCAUGGUAAACUCGAGGAAUGGUGGACUCCUGCCACGAGUGAAGAGUUCCAGAGUCGACAGGAUUGUAUCAUAAAGCAGUAUUCUUCUUAUGCGAUAUAUGACGGGAAAGGUGGUUUGGUACACGUAAAUGGAAAUUUGACUUCUGGCGAGAAUAUCGGGGACACUGGUCUUAUCCAAGCAUAUCGUGCAUGGAAAGCCCAAUAUCAAGACUCAUAUGAUGCUGGGAAGGAAUACCUUCUUCCUGGCAUGGACUACACGAGAGAACAACUAUUCUUCAUCUCCUUUGCACGAACGUGGGCGCAGAACAUCAGGGAAGCUGCAGCCGUGCAACGUGUUCUCACUGAUCCCCACUCGCCAAACCGAUACCGCGUGGACGGGACGUUGUUCAAUAUUCCAGAAUUCGCCGAGGCAUUUAAGUGCCCGAAGGGAGCCAAGCUCAACCCUCCGCCGGAGAAGCAGUGCAUUUUCUGGUCAUAGGGAUGGCAGGAUGGACGCUGGAUAGACAUUUGAUCUUGUGCAGUCGUGGUUGUUUGUACGGUUGCACGAGUUUCUUGUAUAGUAUCUAUUGAAAACACGAUAUAUGUACCUCCUGGUUUUAAUUGUCACAUACAAACUAAGACUUGAUUGACGCUAGCCGUUGAUUUAUUUUAGAGGACGCCCUUUGUACUUGGGACGUCAUUUCCGCCUGUCCGCUCGAUGGCCUGUCGGAUUGCCAAAGCCAGUGCUUUGAAUGCAGACUCGGAGCUGUGGUAAUGCUCAAUAAGAAGAAACAAUGUAGUGGAGAUAAAGUCCUACCGAUGGUGGUCAUUCUCUCCCCUCAGGACAUCGACAUGGAGGGUUACGCCGGAUGCAAUGGCAAA